GACAUGUGUUCAAGUCCUCUGUUGUCCUCUGUACUCUUUGUUGCAAUAGAAGAUGGUGUCUGAAAAAUUGGUUUUAGUUUUUCUCACGGUUUUUGCUAGCGCAUUAGCCGAUAAAGUCCCUGCCACCGUAACCAAACAGUGCUUCUUCGAUAUUACGAUAGGAGGAGUGAAAUCUGGGCGAAUCGUUGUUGGUUUAUUCGGAGAUGUUGUUCCAAAAACUGUCGAUAAUUUCCACCAGCUCUGUACACAUCAGAAAGGAUAUGGUUACAAGGGAAGCAUUUUCCACAGAGUUAUUAAGGAUUUCAUGAUCCAGGGUGGUGAUUUUACCAACAAAGAUGGAACAGGAAGUAAGAGUAUCUAUGGAGAUCGUUUUGCUGAUGAAAACUUUAAACUGACUCACUAUGGUGCUGGAUGGUUGAGUAUGGCCAAUGCUGGUAAAGAUACGAAUGGUUCUCAAUUCUUUAUCACCACUGUAAAGACACCAUGGUUAGAUGGACGUCAUGUUGUGUUUGGUAAAGUGGUCCAAGGGAUGGAUGUCGUAAGAAAGAUUGAGAACAGUAAGACUGGAGCAAACGACCGACCAACAAAAGAAGUGGUUAUUGCUGAUUCCGGUGACUUGCCCAUCGAGAAGCCUUACGAAGUUGCGAAAGACGCCGUCCAAGAAUAGUUACAUUUCUCGCUGUACGUCAUACACCAAUUGUUUGUAACGUCACAAGCGAGUUUUGUUAGUAAAUAUUUGAAUUCUUU